CAAGACACACAAGGAAGUGAAUAUUUCGCAUAUAUGCGAAAAAAAACUCAUGAAGGUGCUAUUAAUCAAGCUAAAGUAGAUGUUGCUGAAGCAAAAUACAAAGGUGACGUCGGUUCUAAGCUUCGAGAAGGUUUAACUAGACAAGAAACGUCAAAAAUCGAAGCCGAUACUGUCUUGAUUGAAAAUGAACGAAAAGUAUCCAUCGCUCAAGCAGAAAUGACCUUGUCUACUAAAAAAUCUGAAUAUGAUCAACAAGUUAAGAUCGCUGCUAUUGAAGCCGAACAAGCCGCUAAGAUGCGACAAGCAGAACUUCAAAAAGAAGUCGAAGAACGUCGACUUUUAUCCGAAACUGAACGUCUUAGAGUUCAACAUGUUGCAAAAGCCACUGCUGAAUUUGAAGCUGCAAAAGCUAUCGCAAAUGCUAAACUAUAUACCGCACAAAAAGAGGCCGAGGCUGAAUUGUAUAAGAAACAAAAAGAAGCUGAGGGUGUAUUAGCUAUCUACAAUGCUCAGGCUGAAGGUAUAAAGAAUUUAAUGCAAGCAUUUGGCGGUGAUAGACAUACUGCUCUUCAAUACGUAAUGAUUGAAAGAGGUAUAUAUCAACAAUUGGCCAAAGAAAAUGCACAAGCUAUUCAAGGUCUCAACCCGAAAAUUACUGUUUGGAAUACUGGUGAACCUAAUGGAAAUGCAAAUAAUGCAAACCCUAUUGCCAAUAUUUUCCAAAGUUUACCUCCAUUAUUGUCAACUAUUCAAGAACAAACUGGAAUUACUCCCCCUAAUUGGAUCGCUCAAAUGCCAUCUUCUAAUACAAAAUCUAGUUAA